AACUGAUGGCAAGGCAUGGACUAAAACUGUUUCUUUUGCCUGCCUUGGGAAUAUAACCGAUCUAGACAGUAUUUUGCCGAUAAUAGUCUACAAACCUUCGGGGACCAGGGAAAAAUCGAGACCGAAAACGACUGAAAACUAUCGUGAAAAAUGGCACGGUUUCCCGACGAAAAAUUCCGUAACUGGCUUAAAGCUACAGAAAGUCUUAUCAUACUGAGAGAAGGGAUUCGCUCCUUCCUGGAAAACGAAACUGAAAAUUAUCACACCAUCCUGCUGAGUAAACUUAGCAACACUUUGGAAGAGGCAAUCUGUCAAAAUAAAUGUGAUGGAAGCGAGUGGAAAAACAAAAUACCUGACUGUAAGGUCUGUACACCAUGGAAAAAGGAACUCUUGGCCAAUCAUGCAAAGGGUAGGCCUAUUCAUUGGAACAACUGCGUGCCGUAUCUGUGGCCAAAAGAGAAAUGGGAGGUGGCCAAGGUAUACAUGCCAAAGGGACACAGACACCACAACACCUAUGAUGCUUUUGAUAUAGCAGCAUUACUUAACCUAAUGGGCCAUUGUACUCACUUCCACAAAUUUAUUAAGGACCAACACACCAACAAGGUGAUUAAUGUGAGAAACCGUGUGACGCAUUCUCCUAACAACACAUUGACCAACCAGGACUUUCAGGAGCACUUGGAAAAGAUAAAAGAUUUUGCCCGCCUCUUGGAUAAAUAUGCAAAUGACCUACAAAUGCUGCCAGAUAAGAUUGCCAAGUUAUGUGAGGAAGUGGAUAGAGGACUUCCAUAUAUCAUAUUACAGAGUACAGCAGGAGACAUCAAAUAUUAUCCAACAGAGGAAUUUACAAAGAUAGAACAGAGAGCCCUGAAAGAGAAGAUUGAGUAUUUGACCCAAUGCUGUGAGGAGGACCAAGAAGGCAUCAGAGAGAACAUUGAGGGUAUGUGGAGGUUUGUUCAGAGGAAUGAGGACCUGAAGGUGACGCUGGCACCACAGAUGGAGCAGCUGCUCUCUAACAACAGAUGGCUUGAGGAUUUGAAGGAGAGCUCAUUUUGUUAUCUGUUUUAAUACAUUUGAAUGGCUAGGUAUGGGCAGACAGUUUGUUUGAUUUCUUUCACUUUUGUUUAAAAAACAAUAUGUAGCCUGCUUACAUAAGAAAUGCGGAAUAUUUUUUACUCAUGCUUAAAAUAUAUUUACAUGUACGAUACUCCUUUACAUAAGGCUACUCAUUGCUAUGUUUAUACAGUAUUACAUCAUUUUUAAAGUCAUAAGGCCUGGCCUGGCUAGGUGAUUAGAAGAAACGCCACAGUCGGGAGCGCUAUAGUUUUUUGACCACAUAACUCUAGACAUGAAAAGAACACACAUUAGAAGCUUUCUCCAUUUACAUUGACACAUGCAUACACCAUUGGGUAUUUAAGUUGAAUUUAGAAGGAUAGUAGAAAUCCUAUAUUUGUUGGAAUUAAGUUUACGUUUUUGAACAUGCAUCAGAAAUCCCUCCGCCUUGGCUCGCGUGGCGGCUUUAUAGAAGUAAGAGGACAAGUUGCUGAAACAGCUAGCAUGCACGCAUGCACGAUCAGCAGUCCAAGCUCAGUGCAAAUCAAACCAGCUAAUAACUGAACAAAAUCGAACAAAACACCAUGCCAAUCUCUAGGUAUGGUGAAGGGUGUGUGGUGAUGUGGGGCUAUUUUAGUUCCAAAGGUCCAAGGAACUUUAUCGGGAUGCAUAGUAUCCUGGAUCCAUGAAAUAAGUGGUCUUUAAAAAUAAAAACUGCCCCUAUGUUAACCCUAUGUGUUAAAUUCCCAUAGGGUUACAUAGGGAUGCCACCACUUAUGACCCCAGUAUUUUGGGAAGAACAUUUAUUUAUUUAUGAUAGACAUAAUGAUGGUUAGUCCAUGGUAUAAAUGGCUUUUCUUGUGUCAAAGAGCUGAACUGUCAUAUGUUAUGAGUUUAUAACAAUGUUACACUGGCUAUGAAUGGUGGACAAUUUACUCAUUUGAAAAUGACCCACACACACACACACACACACACACACACACACACACACUGCAGGUACACAGAUACACACACACGGGCUCACAAAGAGGAACACACACCCACAUACACGUACACAUACAAGCAUAAACAUGCAUGCAGGCUAACACACACACUCAAAGAUAUGGCUGUGUGCUCGCUUGUCAACAAAGUAUACUUUGCUGAUGUAGAAUAGUAGUGAGGAAGUGCGCACAAGUUUUAUUUAGUGGUGUAUGACAUACAGACAUACAGUAAUUUCCUGUGUAUUAGCCACAUUGUGUAUAAGCCGCAGUGUUUUAUGCAAGUUGAAAGAAACAAAAAACAUAUUAAAACCAUAUUAACUUACCCCGCGUAUAUAACCUCAUAGGCAGCUGAACACAUUUAGCAAAAUCAGUGUAUAAGCCACAGCUAAUAGUUGGGAAAUUACAGCAGUAAGAAUACAUGGCAUACCACUAUUGUACAGUGUACACCAUGCAAUGAUAUAAAACAAAUAAAAGU